AUGGGGGCAAGCAUUGGAGUCAAACUGCAAACACCAGAAGGCACAUCCCUAAGUCAAGCACUCUGGCUUAAAUUCAGAGCCACCAACAAUGAAGCAGAGUAUGAGGCACUGCUGGCAGGACUUAGGCUCGCCAAGGAGCUGAAGGAACAGAAUGACAAAAUGCUGAGAUUUAACCUUGAUAUAUUAGAGGAAAAAAGAGAUGCUGCAGCAAUAAGGCUUGCAUCCUAUCAGCAAACACUGGCUAACAGCCACAACAAAAGGGUGAAGCACAGAGAUUUCGCACUUGGCGAUCUGGUUCUGAAGAAGAAGGUAGGAAUGGUUAAAAAGAUGAUGUCACCUUGGAAAAGACCAUACAGAAUUGCAGAGGUCAUAGGGAAGGGGGCAUAUAUGCUAGAGACCAUGGCCGGAAGGCUGGUUAACAAGCCAUGGAAUGCUACAUCUUUAAAAAGGUAUUAUAUGUAG